GAAUUUGUUAUGGAUGAAGAUGAUAUAGAAUGUGUGUGUUCAGCCAUCGUUGUCUGCAUGCUUACACGUGCUGGUGUAAUGCUAUUAAAUAAAGAAAAAAGGCGUUCACGAAGAUGGUGUCGUGAAUGGAUACAUCGUAGAAUUCGAGGUAGAGGUGUGGUGAACAUGCUAAAUCAAGAACUAAGAUCAGAAGAUCCCAAUUCAUACAAAAACUUUUUACGAUUAUCUGUACAUCAGUUUAAUUUCUUAUUAAAUUUGCUUGAUGAGGACAUAAGAAAAGAAGUUACAUUCAUGAGAGAACCUAUCUCCACCACAGACAAGUUGCAAAUAACACUGCGAUUUCUUGCAACGGGAGAGAGCUAUAGAUCAUUAAUGUACAGCACUAGAGUUCAUGAAAGCACCAUCUCCAGAUUUGUUCCUUUGGUAUGCACUGCAAUUAUACAACAUUUGUCACCAAAAUAUCUAAAGACUCCAGAUACUGAAGAAGAGUGGAAGAAAAUUGCCCAGGAAUUCUAUGAUCUGUGGAAUUUCCCACACUGUAUAGGUGCCCUAGAUGGCAGACACAUUAACUUUAGGCCUCCUAUCUCUGAUGGAGCUUAUUAUUAUAAUUAUAAGGGGACACACAGCAUUGUUUUGUUAGCGUUAUGUGAUGCAAAGUACAGGUUUACAUAUGUAAAUCUUGGUGUAAAUGGAAGAGUUAGUGAUGGUGGCAUCUUUCAUCGUAGUUCAUUAGCAAGGGCGUUGAAUAAUAAUAGUCUUAAUAUACCUCCACCUGAUUUUUUACCAGGUACUCGCAAUACAGCACCAUAUGUUAUUGUAGCAGACGAUGCUUUUCCGUUAUUAAUCAACUUGAUGAAGCCCUAUCCACAACGAGGCCUUUGCCAUGACACCAGAAUCUUUAACUACAGAUUAAGUAGAGCGAGACGCAUGAUCGAAAAUAGCUUUGGAAUGUUAGCCAACCGUUUUAGAGUGCUGCUAAAUCCAAUUAACCUCUGCGUUAACAAAGUUCAAAUUAUAACACAUGCGUGUGUGGUCCUUCAUAAUUAUUUAUGCCAUGAAAAUGAUCCCGUAUAUAAUAAUGGAAAUAUUUUUACUGAAGAAACCAGUGUACCAUUAUAUUUAGAGACAUUGUGUAGACAAGGAUCAAAUAACUCUAGUAAUAGUGCAAGGGACAUUAGAAAUAAUUAUAAAAUGUAUUUUAAUUCUCCGGAAGGCGCAGUUGCAUGGCAGGAGGAUUCUGUUAAAACACAUAAUUUAUAAACAUUUAAUUAAAUGAAAUGAA